AUGGGUAACAAAAAAAAAGACGUGAAUACUCAAUUCCUAUUAGAUAAACAAAUAACAAAUCAUUACGAUAAAAAUUUUCAUUUAAUUUCCAAAAAUGGUCUUGCUAAAAGUUUAAAAACACUCUCUUUUAAGUAAAUUAAUUUCAAUAAAUUUUUCCCAAGAACAUAUGAAAUGAAUAAUCAAAGCGAUUUUGUAGAUUUUUGUGAAGAAUUUAAAUAUACAUAAGCGGAAAGUAUUCUUAAAAAACAUAUUGAAAACUAUUAAAAUAAUAUUGAAAUUUCCAAAGUCAAACGUUUAUAAAUUCUAAUUGCACUUUCUUAUAUUAAAAUUAAAAAUUAAUUUUUUACUUAAAAAAAAUAUGUUUCUCCUAAAUCUAUUUCUUAAGAAGAAUGGAUUAUUUUGAGUGAGUAAAUCAAUCUAGAAUAAUAUUUAUAAGAUUCCAAUUUCUAUAACAAAGUAUUUUAAAAAACUAUCAAAAAACUAAAUGAAGAUAUUUCAAAUAUAACCUAAUUGAUAAAAAAUCAACUUGAAAUUUCUUAAAAAAAUGAUCCUUAAUACACUCUUAACGGUAAAAGUAACAUCUGGAUAGUAAAACCUUCAGGGUUAUCUAGAGGAAGAGGAAUAAGAACAUUCAAUAAACUCGAAUAAUUGCUUUAGUAUGUUAGUGGAAAAGAAUUAGGAUGGAUUACUUAAAAAUAUUUAGAAAAUCCCUUAACAAUAAAUAAUAAAAAAUUUGAUAUAAGAUAAUGGGUUAUAGUAACUGAUUGGAAACCUUUAACAAUUUUUUGUUAUCAAGAAUGUUAUUUGAGAAUAUGUGUAGAUGAAUAUAACGAGGAAAAUUUAUCAAAUAAGUUUGCUCACUUGAGCAAUAAUUGCAUUUAAAAAAAUGCGAAUAAUUUUUAAGAAAAAGUUGAUGAAACUAUGCUUUUUUAAAAUUAAUUUGAAGAAUAUUUGUUUAAAAAAACUAAUGUUUAAGACUUUUUUAAAUAAAAAAUACUCAAAUAAAUAUAAAAUAUUAUCAUUGAUUCACUUGUAAGUGUUUAAAAUAUUAUUCAACCUAGAAAAAACAGCUUAGAAAUGUAUGGAUAUGAUUUUACUAUUGAUGAAGAUUAUAAUGUUUGGAUUUUAGAAGUUAAUUCAAGUCCUUCUAUGGAUUAUUCGACAAAAGUAACUGAAAAACUUGUAAAAAAAGUAUUAUGGGAUACAGUUGAUAUUCAUUAAAAAUGUGAUAAAGGAUGGACUCCUUUAUUAAAAGCUUGUUCUUUAGGUAGAACUUACUUUGUGAAUGAAUUAUUAAAAAGAGGUGCUAAUCCUUAUGAAACCGAUGAUAAAGGAGAAAACUGUUAUGACAAAGCAUAAAAAUUUGAUAGAAAUUAAGUUUUAGAAAUUUUAAAAAAUAAAGAUUAUGACGAGAAUAUUUAAUUAGAAGAUAGACUUUGA